AAACAACGCGCCUCCCCUCCUCUUUCUUCAGAGCUCCUCAGCUAGGGUUCUGUCACACCACCACCACAUGGACGCUCAUCAAAUCGCUCUGCUCCUCAACCAAACUCUGAGCCCGGAGGGCAACGCUGUCCGCUCCGCCGCCGAUGCUCUUGACCGUCUCUCUUCCCUUCCUACUUUCCCUUUCUCUCUCCUCUCCGUUGCCACCGGAGGUGAAAACGAAGGUCAAAAAAUUGCUGCUGCUACUUAUCUAAAGAAUUUCACUAGGCGAAAUGUCGAUGCAAAUGGUACAAUUUCUAAAGUCAAUAAGGAAUUCAGAGAUGCUCUAAUGCGUGCUUUGCUUCAAGUGGAACUUGUGGUUCUGAAAGUGUUGGUCGAAGUGUUUCGAACAAUUGUUGCUGCUGAGUUCGUGAAGCAAAAUUCGUGGCCCGAACUUGUACCUGAACUGCGAUCUGUAAUUCAAAACAGCGAUAUGAUUAAUAAAAGUGGAAAUUCUGAAUGGAAAACCAUCAAUGCUCUUAUGGUUUUACAUUCACUCGUUAGACCAUUCCAGUACUUUUUGAAUCCAAAAGUGGCAAAAGAACCAGUUCCACCACAGCUAGAGCUGAUUGCGCAAGAAAUUCUUGUACCAUUACUUGCUGUAUUUCAUCACUGUGUAGAAAAGGCUUCAAGUACCCAAAAUAUAGUGGAUUCGCAGAUUGAGAAGAUCCUUGUACUUGUGUGCAAGUGCAUAUAUUUUGCUAUGAGAUCACAUAUGCCGUCUGCUUUGGCUCCUCUACUUCCUUCACUUUGCCAUGAUCUGAUUGGGAUUCUGAGUUCUUUAUGCUUUGAUGGUGAACUGUCCCCAGAAGGUGGGCACUCCCUGAGGCUGAAAGCCGGGAAGAGAAGUUUGCUCAUUUUCUGUGCUCUAGUGACCAGACAUCGAAAAUUUUCUGACAAAUUCAUGCCAGACAUUAUAGGUUGUGUUUCAAAAAUAGUCAAGCAUAGCACAAAUAUCAGUAAGCUGGAUUCCCUGUCUGAGAGGAUUGUUUCAUUAGCAUUUGAUGUGAUUUCUCGUGUUCUGGAGACCGGUCCUGGAUGGAGGCUGGUUUCGCCCCACUUUUCGUCCUUGCUUGAUUCAGCAAUCUUCCCAGCACUAACAAUGAAUGAGAAGGAUAAUACAGAAUGGGAAGAAGACGCAGAUGAGUACAUACGGAGGAAUCUUCCAUCUGAUCUUGAAGAAAUUUCUGGAUGGAGAGAAGACAUGUUCACUGCAAGAAAAAGUGCUUUAAAUUUACUUGGUGUUAUUUCGACGUCAAAGGGGCCUCCAGUUGUGGCUUCUUCAAUUUCAUCAAAGCGUAAGAAAGGUGAAAAUAACAAACGGAAAGAUCGAAGUUCCAUGGGGGAGCUGUUAGUGCUACCGUUUUUGUCAAAGUUCUGCAUCCCCACUGAAGUUAAUAUAUCUGUAACAAAGAUUGUAAAUGAUUAUUAUGGUGUUUUGAUGGCAUAUGGAAGCCUUCAAGAUUUUCUAAGUGAGCAGAAACCUGGUUAUACCGCUACCCUUAUUCAGAAUCGGGUGCUACCACUAUAUAAAGUAUCUGCGUCUCAACCUUAUCUGGUGGCCUCUGCGAACUGGGCACUUGGAGAGCUUGCUUCCUGUAUUCCUGAAGAGAUGAGUGCUGACAUCUAUUCUUUGCUGCUGAAAGCAUUGACAAUUCCAGAUAUGGUUGAUAUUUCUUGUUAUCCUGUGCGUGUGUCUGCUGCUGGUGCUAUUACUCAACUUGUUGAAAAUGACUACUUGCCGCCUGAGUGGUUACCUCUUCUUCAAGUUGUAGUUGGUAGGAUUGAUAGCGAAGAUGAUGAAACCUCCAUUUUAUUUCAACUUCUGAGUACUUUGGUGGAGGCUGGAAAUGAAAAUGUCGCACCUCAUCUCCCACAUAUUGUUCCAUUGUUGGUUGGAGCAAUCUCAAAGUACAUACCUCCAAAACCAGGGCCAUGGCCUCAAAAGGUUGAACGGGGCUUUGCAGCAUUAGCAGUGAUGGCUCAGUGUUGGGAAGACUCUGAGCCUGAGGAAGCCAAAGGGAUUGAAUCAAGGGAAACGUGGGUAUCUGGUCGGGCUACCAUUGCUGGAGCUUUUUCAGAUCUCUUACAGGAGGCUUGGCUAAGACCUGCACAGCAAAUGGUGAAUGGUCAGGAAGUUGAGGAUGCUCUUUCAUUGGCCCCUUCGUCUUGCAUUGAUGAUUCGUCAGCAUUGCUCAGGUUUAUUAUGCAAGAUGUUGCUGAAAGUGAUGUGGUUUCAAAGCUCAAGAUUUUGGAAUUGUUACUUGUUUGGGCUGAUCUGAUUGCUGACUGGCAUGAAUGGGAGGAGAUGGAGGACUUAUCAAUUUUCAAUUGCAUCAAGGAAGUUGUUAAUCUACACAAAAACUUUCCUUUGAAGAAUUUCAUUGUGAGGGAUGUGCCAUCCCCUCCAGCUCCACCUGUGCCGCAACGAUCCAUUAUCGAAGGAAUAGGUGCCUUUGUCAGUGGAGCCUUUUCACAAUAUCCAUCAGCAAUCUGGAGAGCUUCUUCAUGUGUCCACCUAUUGUUACAUGUUCCGACAUAUUCACUUGAAGGAGAAAGUGUCAAGCAGGCAUUGGUUAUUGCUUUCAGCCAGGCUGUGUUCUCUCGCUUUGUAGAAAUUCAAAUGAAGCCCUGUUCACUGUGGAAACCUUUGUUGCUUGCGAUAUCAUCGUGCUAUUUAUGCUAUCCUGAUACUGUGGAGAAGAUUUUGGAGAAGAGCGAACAUGAUGGCUUCACAGUCUAUGCAGCUGCUCUUGGUUUUGUCUCAACUAGCAAAUUUGAACAUGGUCUAUCAACAGAGUCUGAGAUUAAGUUGACUGUCUUGGCAUUAGCAAAAGUGGUUGAACGGCUGCUAAGGGUAGGCAAGCAAGGAAGUGGUCUGCUGCAAGACUGCUUUGCUUCUCUGUUGGAGGCAUCUGUGCGGUUGAAACAAGUGCAAGAAGAAGAGGAAGAAGGAGAUGAAGAGAAUGAGGAUGAAGAUGAAGAUGAUGGUGAUGAGGAUACUGAUGAUGAUGAGGAUUCCGAGGAUGACCGUGAAGAAACUGAAGAAGAAUUCCUGGCAAGGUGUGCCAAAGCAGCCAUUGCCUUGGAAAAUGGGACCAUUGUCGAAGAAGGGGAUGUGGAAGAUCAAGAUCAGGAGAUUGAAUUGGGUGGUUUAGAAGAGGUUGAUCAGCAAAGGACUGUGCUGUCUUUGAUAGAGAGAUACCGCCAAGUUCUCAUACAUGGACAGUCAUUGCCACUGGAACUCAUUUCAAGUUUCCUGAAUACCUUCCCUCAAUGCAGUGCGUACUUCCAACAGCCUUGGCAAUAGAUGUAUUAUGGUUGUGACAUGUCCAUAAUAGAGAGAGAGAGAGAGAGAG